AUGCAAUCUGUACAAGCUGCCACUGCUCUUUAUUGGACUCCUGAUACUUUAGCCAAACAAAUUGCUAUUAUUGAUUGUCAAUUAUUCAGUAUGGUCAAACUCGAAACUUCUUUACUCUGCCAACUGGAUCUUGUCAAUUCUCAACUUGAUCGUUUAUUGGAUUUUCACCAUUACCUUUCUCAUAGUUUUGCACAUCAACUUAUAUUUUGGUCAAGUUUAUCCAAAACUACUACUUCGACUGUUAUACCUCCUGUACAGCCCAAAGACAAUUUGAUAUCCCAUUUGGUUCAAGUCGCUCACCGUCUUUUACAUAUUUAUCGUGAUUUCUCUGGAUUCGCUGCUAUCAUGAAAGCCCUUAUGUUACCUCAAGUACAACGCUUGCGUUCUCUAUGGAAGAAUUGCCCAUCUCGUAUCAAAGAAUUAUUUAGUGAAAUGGUUCCUAUCUUAUCAUCUGAUCAACAAUACCAAGCAUACCACAAUAUCCUCUAUCAAAAACUCUCUUACUUUUUCUUUACACCAUCAUCUACUCUUGACUCAAAAUCAAUAUCCAAAAUGGUAGUGAUUCCUUGGAUGCAACCUCAUCUACUCUCUUUACGCUCUAUCGUGACUGACUAUGCAGCUAUUGGUGACGACCAUGCAACAUUACAACAAACAUCAACAACUCCUUCCAAGAAUCAUUUGUGUCACCAAACUACUUCCAAUAUUGAACUUGUUUUGUCGGCCCCAGGACUUCAAAAACUGGCUGUGAUCAUGGCUCUCUUGGAACAAUGUCAAACCUGCGUCAAUACAAACAACAACAACAACAACAACAACAAGAACAACAAGAACAACAACAACAGCAGCAGCAGCAGGAGAUCAAGUCGACAUUCUAUGCAUCCCACUACCAACAAGUCAAACACUAGUACUACUGUCCAUGAUCUUCAUACUCUUUCUCCUGGUGAUCUACUGGUGCAUCAUUGGUUAGUAUCUCGUGUCUAUUUACGCAGAGAUCAGCUCGUGGAUGAAAGUAUACAAGUACAGCCUUUACUGCCUGGUGAACAACUCGUUUGUGAUGCAUUUGCUUCUGAUGAUGGUGCCUUGGAAAUCCUUCUUCGCAAAAAAUUAGAUACUACUUCUCGACAGCACCUUACUGACAAUAAACAUCAUACACAGUCAACCAAUCCAGCUUCACCACGAUCUAUAGCAUCAUCUGUUUCUGUAGUUAUUGAAAAUCCAAGUAGUAAGCAAGAAAAAGAAAAAAAAGAUCAAAAGGCAAUGCCCACCUCAACUAACAACCCAAGCAAGAAAUCCAAGCUCUCACCUACUGCACCUGAAUUUGUACCAUUAAUGGUGGUGGCUCAAAGUCAAUAUGAAAAUGUACCAUCAUCUGAAGAAUGGAAUGGAUACCCAACCCCUGUCUUAGAAGAAGAAGAAGACAUAUAUGACCAAAAGCAACAACAACGACGACGAUCUCAUCUUGACAAUGAUGAUGAUGAUGACGAUGAUGAUGAAAUUUGGACAGGAUACCCAGGACCUCAACAACGACAUGGAUCGAUGCAUUCUAUUGUAUCAGAUGAAUGGAAAGGAUACGAGGCUACCAAGGAAGAAGCAACAUGGGAACUGGAAACGGCACUCAAGAUGAAACAACGUGAUUGGCAAGGUUAUACUUUGGAAACUUUGAAUGAGCAAGAGCUUGAUGGCCAAUAA